AUGGCAGCUAUCACUGCUCUCUUCCCUACAUCUGCUGGAUCUGGCAGGCAAGUGUUUGGUAUCGAUCUGUCAAGCAACUCUCUAUCCGGUGACAUUCCUUCAGAGCUGACAAAACUUGAAGGUCUACGGUUCCUAAACAUGUCAAGAAAUCGUUUCUCCGGCGGUAUCCCGGAAGACAUUGGCGAUUUCAAGAGUUUGGAGUCUCUUGAUUUAUCUUGGAAUGAACUCUCCGGCUCCAUCCCUCCAAGCAUCUCGCAGCUCAUGUCUCUUGAUUCGCUCAAUCUGUCCAACAACCAUCUAUCAGUUCAAUUUGGGGAUUCCGUCAUUCCAAUCCCGGAGUCGCAAUUUGUGGCGUGCGCCGCCGAUCUGGAUCCUGCCUUCCUUUCCACCCACGAGCACUACACCCGUCUUCAACGCACCCGUGGUGUCAUGGGUCCCGACAAGAAGGCGCUGCUGGCCGAGCUCGAUAAGCGCUUUGCCACCCAGGAGAAGCGAUUCGAUGGCCUAGAGCGGAAGCUCGAUUCUACCACAGCGUCGUCUUCCACCCGUCUGGAUGCCUUGGAGUCUGCAGCCAAGGUGUUCGACGAAUGGCGCCCAGGGGUCGACGGCGUCAUCGACGACCUUCGCAUCGAGGUCAACAAGCUCGCAACAUUGAAGCUUGAAGUGGGGAAGAUCUCCAAGUACAUGGAACGCUCGAUGGUGGACGGCCCGUCAGUGACUCCCGGGGUGUUCGCGACCGCGCCCGCCACCAAGUCCGCGUCGGCUCCCAUGUCGCCAUGCGCGUCGAUCCACGACGCCAAGCCUGUCAUCACUCCGAACUUCAAGUCCGCUGGCUUCGGCGGCUUUCAGGCUGCCCCGUGCCCAUCUGCGGGAUCUGCAGCCCCUCGGCCCAACAGGCACCGCGUCGAAAUCGUGAACCGGGAAGGUGCAUUCGGAGUGGUUACCACUUUGAUUCCACCUCCCGGCAAGGGUACGUUUCCUUGCCAUCCUCUUUCCCCGCAUCCGUUACCAAGUCCUCCUCCACGCCCACCACCACCACGUCCACCACAGCCACACCCAGGAGGUUAUUACGAGUCCAGCUAUCAAGGGGUUCUGGGGGCGGCCUUACCGGCAAGCUUCCCAAGUUUGAUUUCCCUAGGUUUGAGGGGGAUCAUCCUAAGUUGUGGAUCAAGCAAGCCGUUCACUACUUUGAACUCUAUUGUGUUGAGUCCGUGGUUUGGGUGCAGGCUGCCACUAUGCACUUUCAUGGAAGAGGCGCUGGGACUCAACAAGCGGCCUACUCGGCGUUUUGAUACAUCACCUGCUUAUAAGCCGGCAUGGCCUAGUGCCAUGGCUCUGCCUCCACCGCCACCGAAGCUUGCUGAUGGUGAGAGUAAGCGGCUGCCCAAUGCUCUUCAUACCUCGGUUGAAGACAAGUUCAAAGCCUUACGGGCCUCUCGCCGCGCCCAGGAUCUGUGCAUCCGGUGUGGCGCAAAAUGGAGCCGUGAACACAAAUGUUCAGAAAUGGUGCAGUUACACUUGGUGCAGGAAUUGAUGGAUAUAUUUCCGAAGUCCGAUGCAGCCGAGUGUUCUGAUGAUUCAUCGCCUGAAACUCAAAUUAUGAUGCAUCUCUCGGUGGCUGCGGCAGUGGGCUCAGCUUCCCCUAAGACAUUUAGCCUGUCUGGAGAUAUCCAAGGUCAUCCUCUGUCUAUAUUGGUGGAUUCCAGUUCCUCUCAUACUUUCUUGAAUUCUGCAUUGGCUCAGUCGCUCUCGGGUAUCAAGGAACUUCAGUCCCCAGUUCAAGUACAAGUGGCUAAUGGUGCCAUAUUACAAUGCACAUCAUUUUUGCCCGGUGCUCGUUGGUUUGUGCAGGGGUGUUCCUUUUCAACUGAUCUCAAGUUGUUGCGUCUCUCAUCAUAUGAUAUGAUCCUUGGUCUAGAUUGGCUGGCAAGGUUUAGCUUGAUGCAAGUACACUGA